AUGGAUACAAAAGUGAAAUACGAGGCUAUUGGUGUUGUUGACUUCGAUAAAUGGAGAGACCCCGAAAGAUUCUACUAUAACCCCCCAUUGCUGGGACCUGAGGAUAUUGAGUUGAAAAUUGAUUUUUGUGGCGUUUGCGGGUCUGAUAUCCAUGCUGUAUCUGGCAACUGGGGUCGUAUGUACAAGCCCUUCGCCGUAGGACACGAAAUUAUCGGCAGAAUAACUGCUUUGGGAGAAGGAGUUGACAGAGAAAGGUUUAAAUUGAAUGAUAGAGUCGGAGUUGGUGCCCAGAUUGAUUCUUGCGGUGACUGCAUCCGCUGUUCUAGAGGACGCCAAGAAAAUUGUAAAAAGACUGUUCUCACUUACACAUGCGUGAAUCAUAAAAACGAUUUCGAAACGCAGGGUGGCUAUGCGUCCCACAUCAGAGCCAACUCCGGGUUUGUCUUCAAGAUUCCGGAGGGGCUGGACUCUGCUGUAGCUGCACCUAUGCUUUGCGGCGGGAUUACAGGUUUCAAGCCGUUAUUGACAGGCGGGGUCAAAAAAGGAACAAAGGUUGGGAUUGUUGGAAUUGGUGGAAUUGGACAUAUGUCGAUUUUGUUUGCGAAAGCUCUGGGUGCAGAAGUUACCGCUAUUUCAAGAUCGCAUCGCAAAGAGGAAGACGCUGGAAAAUUAGGCGCUGACCAUUAUGUUGCGACCGCUGACGAAAAUUUGAUGAAAGAGCACGCUGAGACUCUGGACCUUUUGGUAAUGACGACAUCCUCGUUUUCGCAAAGCAACAUUGAAGAUCUUUUGUCCCUCUUAAUUGCUGGUGGGAGACUCAUUUUCAUCACCGCUCCUCCAAUCCAAGACAAACUGACAUUGACACCAUUUACCAUGCUGCUCAACGAUUACCAUGUCGGUGGCUCUGUUACUGGGUCCCCUAAAGACAUCGAAUAUAUGCUACAGCUUGCCGCUGAAAAAAAAAUCAAACCGUGGGUUGAAUUGGUUGAUAUAAACGAGAAGAACGUGGCUGAGGUCUGGCAAAAAAUGCUUGAUGGUGAUGUCAGAUACCGCUACGUAUUUACGGGCUAUGACAAGUGCUUUGAGUAG